AUGUCGAACUCCUCGGUUUGUUGCGCUUUCGAGUCUCCGGUUCUGGACCAUGUCCUCCCUCCCGUCCUUUUCCUAGAGUUCAUUUUCGGCCUCUCCGGGAACGUUUUAGCCCUCUGCAUGUUCGCCUUCCACAUGGAGAGCUGGAAGCCCAACUCCAUCUACCUGGCACACCUGGCCAUAGCUGACACUUUGGUGCUGUUCUGCUUGCCUUUCAGAGCUGACUACUACCGCAGGCGCAAAGACUGGAUUCAUGGGGACAUCUUUUGCCGGAUCCUGCUCUUCCUACUUGCAGCCAAUAGGGCAGCAGGUAUUUUCUUUCUAACAGCAGUGGCCGUGGACCGCUACCUAAAAAUUGUGCAUCCGCUCAACCGGAUCAAUCGAAUGGGCCUGAGUUAUGCCAUGUGGGUCUCUGCGGGCAUGUGGGCAGCAAUAAUAGCCAUGACGGCUUACCUUCUCGGGUCACCACACUUCUUCAGUUUCGGCAACCGUACCCAAUGCGAGAGCUUCAACAUAUGCAUGGGCAGCAAUCCGCUUUCAAACUGGCACAAUGCCUUUUACGUGAUCCAAUUCUGCUUGCCCACAAUCAUCGUCGUCUUCUGCACAGCCUGCAUAACGUGGCAGCUGAAAAGCAAGACGGUGGACACCUCAGGCAAAAUCAAGAGGGCCGUUCAGUUCAUUUUCAUCGUCGCUAUGGUCUUCAUCAUCUGCUUCUUUCCGAGCACUGCCUCACGGGUUGCCGUUUGGAUACUGAAGAUCUGGUACACCGACUGCUCGUAUUUCACUGAGGCAAAUCUGGCGUUUUACACUUCAGUCUGCUUCACCUACUUCAACAGCGUCCUCAACCCUCUGGUGUACUAUUUCUCCACUCCAGCAUUCAGCGGGACCAUACAGAGCCUUAUUUUAAAACUCAGAGGGAAGAAAACAGGUAGCAUCGUGGCUACGGUAUCAAAUGAUUAA